GAUCUAAACAGUUCUGUUUUAUUUGUGUCUGCUGUGAUAGCGAAAAACAUGAGAUUUUACGGGGUAUACCUACCGAAACACAAUGAUUUGGCCAUUUGCGAUUUUUAUCAACACAAGGAAGAAGCGCUGGCAGUUCUACGUCAAUAUAAAGAGGCGCGAUUGAAAGAAUUCGCAACAGCUCAGGAAGCGCGAGAAUUUCACCUACACGGCGAUUCCAGUAUCAAUGAAACGGGAGCCAAAAACAAAGAAACAGCUGUAUUCCCAAAAAAACCAGUAUUCCCAGGACCAACUAGUCAAAAGCUAGUUGAGUUCCGCAAGGCAAUCGAAGGGAAUAACAUUGCAAUGGUCAAGUCGCUAAUUCAGAAUCCACGCUACCUCAUCAGCUCCGGCGACACUCCGACCGUGUUGAAGGAAGGGACGCGCUACAACGCUCUUCACGUCGUGGCAAUGCACGACCGUGGAGAAAUCUGCCGUUUGAUAUUGCAAACAAUAGAGAAGAGCGAUUACAUCGUGCUGUUGCAUGGACAGAGCACGCCCUCGGCGACUGAGGUAUGCCAGAUAUUAUUAGACAUGUACCUGAAUACCCCGGACAAAAGUCGCGGAGAGACCCCGCUUCACUUUGCGGCCAAGUAUGGAUCCGUCUCGGUGGUCAAGGAGCUAUUAUCCUAUCCAGAGUGUAAACAUACCAGGAAUAAGGACGGGUUGUUGCCCAGGGACAUUAUUUGUAGCCGAGCAAACUCGGACCAUAAUUCAGCGGAAAUAGUUCAAUCCAUAAAGAACCUGCUUGAGGAAUGUUACUUUGUGCCGGUUUUGCGCAGUAGCGAUGGAUGCGUACUUCCAAUAAUUGGCGAUCCAUUUGGCAGAAGCGAUGAGCCAUCCUUUAUCACAACGAACCAAAGUCCACAACAAACCAUUGCCGGCUUCAAAAUACAGGCAUAUGCGGGUCCUAUGGGUCGAGAUGAGGCGCAAUCUUUUUCUAUGCGCUGGCGUACACCACCGCGCCUGAUUCCAUCGCCUCGACUGAUUCCUUCACCACGCCUAAUCCAGUCACCCCGCCCGGUUCAGUCCCCGCGCGAGGAGAGUUUUCAGGCAACCUCUACGCCUGUCUCGAAAGGGCGCCGGUUAAAAUAUUCACUCACGCGCUCCUGGGAUAAAAUGGAUGUUUCAGACGGUAAUGCUAAUCUGAUAACAUCCAAAUGCUCCGAUGAAAAUGCUAUCGAUAAACUGGCCAGCGAUUUUUUCACCAAUUUUCAAAUGACCGAUUCGCUAGAUGAUACGACCCCGCCCGAGCUGCCGGAAAGCUUCGAGGAUAGUGAUUCAUGUUCUUCAAUUGCAGUCGGUCCAGACAGUUUAAACAACAGUGCAUCUAUAGAAUCCACCUGCCUACUUGACAGCCGUGAUAUGUUUGAUUAUAUUUGCAAUGAAACACAACAGCAGUAUAGCCGGUCUAACCUGGUCGAAACUCCAUCCUUUCGCGAGCGACAAAUCCGGAUAAAAGACCAGCGGAAGGGUUUGGAAAGGAUCGGGCGCCAGCUGGCUUCCCAAUACCAUGUCGAAUGGAACGAGUACUGGGAGUUUCUGGGCGAGUUUGCCGACCUUGCUUCUGCAGAUGGUUUACAAAAAUUCGAAAACAUGUUGGAGGGAAGAUCGAAAGUAUCUUCUGUAGACGACGUAAAGGAGCAAACGAUAAAUUCAAAGAUCAAUCUCGAAAAGGUCAAUCAUUCGGCUAACAGCAGCCAAUUAUCGAACCCGUACGCAUGUCUGGUGAAAUCACUAAACGUGUUUGUAAAUCGGUUUACAAAUUCUUUUACCUUUGAAUGCUCCCCGGCAUCCACAGUGAACACGCUACCAUCUGUCGUUACCAAACUGAUCAAUUGUUUGGAUUCAACGAUAGCUAGUUAUCGAAAAGAUAACAAAUUUGCAGGCAUCAAUUUUGAUAAAGCGCAUUCAGUGUUUGCAUAUUUAAUUGUGAUCCACAUUAUCCGAAGCGAAGCGAUUCAAUCGGACCAAACGCUAGCGAAGAUAAGGAUGGUAUUGAAUCAGACCGUCUCGUUUGAGCUUAAUAGAAACGUGAAUUGCGUAAAGCGGUUUUUAAUGAUUUAUGCUAGUGAUUUAAUUCGACUGAAAGGCCAUACAGACGGGUCGGAGCGUGACCUGUGGGAAAAUCAGGAGCUCAUAACAGAAUGCGUGUGCCAAAAAAGUAGCGAGUCAAGCGCGAUGAUCGGUAAUAAAACACUGGAGAGGAUGAACCGGCGGCGAGUGAAACGUUCGUCCAUGGAUCCGGCGAAUUCGUUUAACCUAACUGCAUACCGUAAUCAAAACAAUAGUGAUGAAGAAUACUGCACUUGCAGCGAUGGAGAAAGUCACGACAGCUUCAGCGACUAUUGGACGCCUCCGACAAGUCCGCCUAAAGGGGGAGUGGAAGCGCUGGCGGAACGAGACAAACUAGGGUCCUGCUCUGAUAUUUAUGGCGAAGUGUUUAUUGGCGGGUUCCUACCGGAUAAAAACGACAAGGAUGCAUGGGUAGUGUUAGUCAACCUUCAGGUUGAUAAAUGUCGUUAUCCGCACGUGCACAAAUGGCAUCAGGCCAUGAAAUGUACAAUGGAAAAUACGUCGUUUUGGUAAAAUCAUUAUGGUCAUUGUUAUUUAAUAUUGUAAACUCGUAUUCGUACUGUCAUGUUUAAUUUUUUCGUAAUUGUAUGGCGUUUAAAUGUUAGUUAUAGGUUAAACGUCAGAGGUCGAAAUAAAAGAUGUUUUAAUUUUCGCAGAAAUUUCCAGUUUAAUUUUCAUUUGUGUUAUUUCUUACAGCGACUCCGAUUUAACCUAGCAGGGCUUAGCUGGGGUUUACCUCGCUAUUAGAAACCACGACUGAACCAAGCUAGAUCCGCCGUCAGAAUGUCCCAGGUGAAUUGAGCACAACUUUUAUUCUUUUCUUUAUAUUAGCCAGCUCUGAUCAUUUCUAUUUAAUAGUUCAAUUUGAAAAGGCAUUCAGCCAACCGUUUCAAACAAACAACUGCCUUUUUGAUUGAAUCAAGCUAAACGGAGUAGAGAUAUGUAGGCAAAUGGUACAAUUCUAAAGUCUGUGAUAGUUUCCUGAAGUAGCCCAUCAAAGGAACAGUGAGGUACACCAAACAAACAUUUAAAUCAGAUGUACUUACC